UCCGGGAGACAUGCAUUUACCCAUAUCCGGGUUGGAGGAGAGGAAAAAAGUUUCAUUUAAACCUGGUCGACAAACUUCCAACAUGAAGCCACACUGACAGCGCAACAACUGCGGCUGUCAGCGACGAAUUUCACCGCGGAGUUUUACAAGCGUUACUGCGCUAUAAUAGCUUGGGUUUUCUACUGUUUUUUCCUCUACUUGUGUUUUUCCUGUCUAUUUUUUGUACGUGAUUGUGUUCUGUGCGUGGGUCAGUUUCACUGUCAAAAAUGUUGAAGUGACAAUGGCUGCGCAAGUGGCAUCAGCACCGACGUCAACUAAUAAGAACAAGAAAUUAUCUGGCAGUUUGGGUCAAGAGAUACAUUCUGGGAAAUCGGGAGGAGGAACUAUAUCGAGAUCUGGAACAAUGCUUGGAGCUGGAGAUGGGACCAACACAAUAAAUAACGUAGACCAUCAUCACCGAAACGAGCUCAACAUGGUCAAUUCAACUUCUCCGAAUAACAAUUCAGACAUACGGGAGAAGGAGAGUGGAAAUAACAUUACGUCAAAUUCGACGACCUCUUUGGAGGGAAUUGAAACGGGUUUGAUAGCGAACCACAAACUGAAAAACGUUAGCAGCGGAGAUCCUCAGCACCUAACGCCGCCGCAACAUCCCCAAUUUAAAACGUUCUCUCAGCAUCAGCGCCAGAUACAAAGUAACAACAUCAACAAUAACAAGAGCCAGGCUACAAGGGGAGAGGCUGAAAAUCAGCCACACGGAGGGAAAGAAGGUGUUCUGGGGAGCCAGGCAGAGCAGCAGAUGCUGAUUAAAGGUGAGGGGGAUCAUACCUGUAAACCAGGGGAGCGGAUUGGCGCCAGGUAUGAACACGCUAACUUGGGAACAACGACGAAUAACGUCAGCAGUCAGCCACCGAGCGGCGGAGGGAACAGCGCAAUUUCAGAGUUUAAUAACUAUUAUGGCACUUCUAGAGUAGGGCCCUGCUUUGAUCAACAUGGCGGACAACAAAGCACUGGGAUUGGGAUGAUGCACUCCUCAGGACCCAACAACAUGGACCCAGGGCACAACUCCCACGAAGGGUACCACAACAACCAGUACAACCACUACCCUGGCUACCGGCAGGGCUACGGAAGCACGGGCUACGGCAUGAUAGCUCCGUCCAGACAGAGCAAUAACGCGAUGAUGGGCCCGGGCAGCAACAUUACAGCUGGACAUGCCAAGGCUGCUAUGGGAGCUGCUGCCUCAGGUUCUGGUGGAAGUGUUGGGGGCUUUCAGAGAUUCCCAGGACACACACAGCAUCCCUCCGGGGCCACCCCGACUCUAAACCAACUGCUGACGUCUCCAAGUCCAAUGAUGCGGGGUUAUGGUAGUGGCUACCAAGACUAUAACAUGCCUUCUGCACAACAGCCUGGCAUCGGCCUGGGCAAAGACAUGGCGUCUCAAUAUGGCUCCACUACCCACGGUUGGCCAAGGCAACAGAGAAAUCACCAGUCCGUGAGUCCUGGAAACGGAGGGCAAGGUAUCAGCAGAGCACAGGUGGCCUCGAUGGACUUCAUGGCUAUGAAGCGUUCCCAGCUCUACGGAAUGGGCAACAACCUCUACUCUCAGCAGCAGCAGGGCGGGCCCUACCCCUGCCAGCCCUACGGAACGCCUGCUCCACACCGAUACCCAAUGGGAAUGCAGGGAAGGGGCCAGGUUGGCAUGAGCGGGAUGCAGUACCCUCAGCAGCAGCAGGUUCCCCCCCAAUACGGCCAGCAAAGUGUGGGAUCAUACAACCAGCAGCAACAGGGAACGCCCCCAGGACCCUACUUCAGCCCCCCCCAGCAGACCCCCACGGCCCCCCCGUCACAGCCCUACCUGCUGCCCCGUGCCCCACCUCAGUCGGAGGCUCCUCAGGAGAUUUAUGGAGGCAACACCAGGUGUCAACAACAGGCUCCUGGUAGUUCUGUGAAGACCAACCAUGAGGACAUGGGUCAGGACCGCCCAUCCAGCCUCCCGGACCUGUCUGGCUCCAUAGAUGACCUCCCUACUGGGACAGAUGGUGGUCACAGUUCAGCCGUCAGUGCUACAGGCUCCACUAGUAGCCAGGGGGAGCAGAGUAACCCAGCCCAGUCUCCCUUCUCACCCCAUGCGUCACCCCACCUGUCUGGACGGGGCAGUGGCCCAUCACCCUCUCCUGUUGGCUCCCCUGGAGGUUCGAACCAAUCCAACCAUUCACGCUCCGGAUCUGACCCCAUCUCCCCUGUCAGCGGCCCGGCCACAGUACCAGGGCCCCAGAUGGCCCUCCAGACCCCUGGCAAGGUGCCGGAUGGGCCCCACCCCCACUUGAUCCAGUCCCCCAUGUCUCAGGAAAGGGGCUUCAUGGCCAACAUGCAAAGAAACCAGUCUGGCUCCCAGUUUGCACCUCCACCCCAGUCAGGCCAAUCCAUGUCCCCUCACCCCUCUCCUGGUCCUGGGGGACAGAUGUACCCUGGGAUGGCGUCUGGGACAUACCCCCAGGGAGGCUCCAGUGGCCACUAUGGAUCCCAGGGAAACCAAUACGGACCCCAAGGUAACUACCCAAGACCAUCCAGCUAUGGCGGGACUCCCAGCGCCAACUACAGCGGGCCGGGCCCUGGCAUGACAAACAGCCUGGGCAUGAAUGCCAGCAGCCCCAUGCAUGGCCAGGGUCCCGGGCAGCCCAUGCCCAUGGGCCGCAGUCCUGGCGCGGGCAGCCGCCCCUACCCAAAUGUGGCCCCCAUCUCCCCCAGCAUGCCACAGCCAGCUGGCCCUGGUAUGGGCCCUCCUUCACUGGGCAAUGUCAACCGCAAGGCCCAGGAGAUGGCUGUCCCCGGCAUGCAGGCCGCAGUCAACUCUAUACAGGGCAGGCAGAGCAGCUACACAGGCCCUGGUGUAAACCUGACGGCCCCCUACAAUCAGUCACCAGCCAACAGCUCUGGCAUGGGCUCGAUACCGGCCCCACCCUACAACAUGCCAGCCUCAGGAGCCAUGAGGAUGGCUGGAGAGGCCAUUAUGACUCAGGAGGGGAAGCAAAAAACUGAUGGCAAGGAAGAGACCAUGCACACCAAUGAUCCUCCAAAGCCCAAGGAUGGGUACAGUGUAUCCCAGCCCACCACCCCUGGUUCCAUAGCGGUCCCCUCCCCACUAUCCCCCAGCCCAGCCAGCCUCUCCUCCUACCAUGACAGGGAUGACAGUGACAGUAUCAGCAGCCCCGUUUGGCCCAAGACUCCAUCCAGCCCAAAGCUGAACUCAUCGACCGUGACUAACGAGCCAAUCACAAGCCUGUAUGACCUGGGCGGGGAACUGGAGAGACGUGUCUGGGUGGACAGGUACCUGUCCUUCAUGGAGGAGAGGGCUACCCCGGUUCCCCAACUUCCCGCCGUGGGCAAGAAGCCAUUGGACCUCUUCAGACUUUACCUGGCUGUAAGGGAGAUAGGGGGGUUGGCAAUGGUGAACAAGAACAAGAAGUGGCGUGAGCUGUCCACCAGUCUGAGUGUUGGCACCUCCAGCAACUCUGCCAGUUCUCUGAAGAAGCAGUACAUCCACUACCUGUUCGCCUACGAGUGUAAGAUGGAGCGAGGAGAGGACCAGCCAUCGGACAGCAACGGUGGUGGGGACGGCAGGAAGCAGGCCAAGGUGCAGCCACCCUCUCCUGCUAACUCAGGGUCCCUGCAGGGCCCCCAGACCCCCCAGUCGUCAGGCAGCAGCUCUGCGGCAGAGCUGUCAGGUGACCUGAAGCCACCGACCCCGGCCACCCCACCCCAGGGACAGGUGCCGCCCAUCCCAGCCGGCAGGAACAAUAUGGUGAGUGUUCAGGACCCGUUCUCGGAUGUGAACGACCCCGCCUUCCAGAAGCGGAACUCCCUUCCCCCGGGGGGCCCUGGGGGGGCGUACCAGCAGGGGGUCCACAUGCCCCCUGACAUGAUGAUGAGGAUGCAGUAUGAAAAGGACCCCUUCGCUGGCAUGAGGAAGGUAGCAGGAGGGGAGCCCUACAUGCCAGGCCAGAUGCCCAGCGGCGGUAUCCAGGAGGUGUUUGGCCGGCCUCCAUCCGGCAUGGGCAUGGGACAGCGCUCCCAGUACCCAUACGGAUCGGGCUACGACAGGAGACCGGACCAUGUGAUGGGGAUGGAGGGGAACAUGGGCCCCCCUGGGAGCCAGAGCAACAUGGGCCCUUCCAACAGCGAGGGCAGCAUAUACUCUCCCAACAGAUACCCCUCCCAGCAGAGACACGAGGGCUACGGGCAGUACCAUGGCAUGGCGUAUGGCGUGUACCCACAUCAACAGGGCUACAAGCGACCCAUGGAGGGGAUGUACGGGCCACCCAGCAAGAGGCUCGACGGAGACAUGUACGGAAUGCAGUACGGCGGCCAGCAGCCCGACAUGUACAACCAGUACAGCGCCGGUUACGCCGGGCCGGAGAGGAGGCCCAUGCAGAGCCAGUUUCCCUACCCAUCGCCGUACAGCCGGGAGCGCAUGCAGGCGUCGGGCCAGGGUCAGCAUCCCAUGGGCCCCCAGAUGAUGAGUGGGGCACCACCCCCCAAUAACGGGGUGGAAGGACCCCCGGGGAACAACAUGUGGCCAUCCAGGACAGACAUGGGUUACCAGUACUCUAACAGACAAGGGGCGCCGUCCCAGGGACUGCCGUACGGUCCUACGGGCCGAGGGGACGAUACGGAGGGCCGACCCAUCCAGGACGGUCAGUGGCUGGGCCACGCAGGUCAUCGCCAGUCGUCCUAUAUGUCAGGUGGUAUGACGCCCAUGUCUUCCCGCCAGCCCACUUCGGCCUACCAGACCUCCACUUCCAUGGCCAACCACCUGCCCAGAGCCCCCAGCCCGGGCUCCUUCCAGCGCUCCAUGGAGGCACGCAUGUCCCCCAGCAAAGCUGCCUUUAUGGGCUCCAUGAAGAUGCCGGGCAAACCGGGUAUGCCCAUGCCAGGCCAGGGUGGGCACCCAGGCCAGGUACCGCCGAACUUGCGGAGAGAUCUCAACUACCCUCUUGGAUCUGUGGAGGCCACCAUGCCAAUUCUCAGGUCCCGUCGCAAAAUGACCUCAAAGGACACUGGAACUCCCGAGGCAUGGCGUGUGAUGAUGUCUCUGAAGUCAGGUCUUUUGGGUGAGAGUACGUGGGCUCUGGACACCAUCAAUAUUCUGCUGUAUGAUGACAGCACUGUGGCCUCUUUUAGCCUGGCACAGUUGCCAGGCUUCCUAGAGCUGAUAGUGGAGUACUUCAGACACUGUGUGAUGGAGAUCUUCGGCAUCCUUGAGGAAUAUGAAAUAGGCUCCAUCGGUCAGAAGACACUCCUUGGGCCUGCAGUCAGUGACCAAAACGAAGAGCUGACCUCUGACACCGAUAUGGACUGUGACAUCAGCCAACCGGAUCCUGAGCAGGUGCCAGAGCUGGAGAAGGAGAUCGAGAAGCGGGAGGAGAAACCUGUUGACAUCACAGAGGAAAUGGAAGCCGUCAGCAUAGCAUCACCCACUUGUGCAGUGGAAUCAGCCCCUGAGGGAACAAAGGAGCAGUCUGAAGCCGAGGUGAAGGUAAAGAAAGACGAGGCAGAGGAAGAAGAGGUGGGAGGGAAAGAAAAAGAGGAAGGAGAGAGUGAAAAGACAACAGAGAGUAAAAACCCCGCUGAAAGGAAGGAAGACUCUCCAGAUCUGUCUCAUUCAGAGCCAAGGCCACAACAAGCCAGCAAGUAUGACAAGUUUCCCAUUAAGAUCCUGCACAAAGAGGACCUGAUUGAGGACAAGACAGAGCAUCUGGGUCAUGUGACAGAGUUCACCAGUGGACUGCUCCACUGGCAGGCAGGUGGGGGGGAUUCCACUGCCCACAUCCAGACCCAUUUUGAGCGCAGGGGAGAGCAUCCUGACGGGACUGGGGGAGAGGAAGAGGCGUGUGCCAGUUUGAAUAACGAGAGUGAGUCACAGACCCAGAAGGAGGAAGAGGCAACAGGGAAAGCUAUAACCGCCACUAUAGAUGAUAUACUGUGUGCCCGCCUCGGGGUUCUUUCAGAGGGCUACCCCACGCACUCCGCCCCUACAUACCCCUUCAGGCUGCACCAGGGUGGAGGCCACACGCACAUUACCCUGCUGGAGGACGAGCCUCGCUGUCUGGAUGAGUCUCCUCUCUCCACUGCCUCUCCCUGGCAGGACUCCCUAGCCAAACGCUGCCUCUGUGUUUCCAACAUCAUCCGCAGCCUCUCCUUCAUCCCUGGGAACGACCUAGACAUGUCCCGUCACCCAGGCCUGGUGCUGAUCCUGGGCAGAUUGUUGCUGCUCCACCACCAGCACCCAGAGAGGAAGCGGACGUCCCCCAGCUACCAGAGGGAGGAGGAGCCGGGCCUGGCCUGCAGUAAAGACCAGUGGUGGUGGGACUGUCUUGCCACACUCAGGGAGAACACCUUGGUCACUCUGGCUAACAUCUCUGGCCAGCUGGACCUGUCCCUCUACCCUGAGACCAUCUGCCUGCCGGUCCUGGAUGGGCUGCUCCACUGGAUGGUGUGUCCCUCUGCUGAGGCCCAGGACCCAUUUCCCUCGGCGCCGCCCCACUGCCCCCUCACCCCGCAGAGGCUGGUGCUGGAGUGCCUGUGCAAGCUGAGCAUCCAGGACAACAACGUGGACCUGCUGCUGGCCACGCCGCCAUUCAGCCGCCAGGAGAAGCUCUACGCCACCCUGGUGCGCUACGUCGGCCAGCGGAAGAACCAGGUGUACCGCGAGAUGGCCGUGGCCACCCUGUCCAACCUGGCGCAGGGGGACUCCACGACGGCGCGCGCCAUCGCCGUACAGAAGAGCAGCGUGGGUAACCUCAUGGGCUUCCUGGAGGAUGGGCUGAGCAUGGCCCAGUACCAGCAGAACCCCCACAGCCUGAUGCACAUGGCCCACCACCCACGCAUGGAGCCCCCCAGCGUUAGCAUGAUGUGUCGGGCUGCCAAGGCUCUGUUGGCCAUGGCCAAGGUGGAGGAGAACAGGCCAGAGUUUGUCCUGUACGAGGGCCGCCUCCUGGACAUCUCCAUCUCCUCUGCGCUUAACCCGGGGGUGGCCAGCAUCGUGUGUGACAUACUCUUUCAGUUUGUUAAGAAAUUAUGACAGGACGAUGGGUGGACCUGAGCCAAAACAUAAACAGAGUGAUGAGGUGAAAAUGUUAUUCUGUGGUUUUAUAUUUUUAUUUAAAGGAAACUGAAGAUUUUUUUUAAUUUAUAUAUGAAUAUAUAAAUGUCGGUGUAUAUAUGUAUGUUUGUGUGUGUGUAUGUAUGUAUAUAUAUAUAUCUCCUCUUCCCCCAUUGACACUUUGGUUUUGGGAUUUGAAAGAUGAUUUUAAUACAAAUAUUGAAUACAUACUGUUGUUUUUAAAUAUAUAUUGUUUAGAGACAUUUGGUUUUCCUUUGUUUUUUUUUGUUUACCCAAAAUUGGUGCCAGAUUUUUGAGAGGAUUCUUUCAUU